AUGACCUCGCCAAAAAGCACUCAAAAAUUAACUAGCAAACUUGAACAAAAGAAUGAACUUCUUGAACACAUUGAUGCUAAAGUUUAUUUCAAGCCACAGAGUGAUGAAUGUAAAACACAUGCUUUCUCAUAUGAAUUUGCGGAAAAUUCAGAUUCCAAUCCAACUUCUAUAAUCCGUGACAAUGCUACUCCGCAUGGAUUUGUCUCAGCAAUCAUUCAUGCUUAUACCCUUCACCAACAUCUUCGAUUCUCACCAGAUGAUGUAUGGUUAACGAUUAUACAAGGUGUUAGCGGGCACAUUUUGAUUAAUGCAGAACGUUUUCGUUACUUAUUCGUUGAUCGUGAAGGUCAGAAAGGUGUUACCGUAGAUGCCAGAGAUAUUAUAAGACCCGUCAACAGAAGUUUUGAGGGUGAUUGGAAACAAGUGAUUGCUCGACUUUCCGAUGAUAUUGACAAACGAGUUAAAAAAGUUAAUUUAAAAAAACAUCUUGAAUGUGAUUUUUCUACCUCUACAAAUGCAUCUAUUACUGCUAGCCAAAUUAUCUUGUUAGAAGCAAUGAAAAAGUGUUUCAAAUACACAUUACGUGGUAGUUGUGGUAUCCCGAAGGUCACCCUUGAUGGCACCUUGGAAGAUUGGUUAUAUCUUCAAGAAAAAGUUGCAAAAAUCUGUGAUUUAGGAUUGGAACUUGAUUUCUGGAUGGAUAGGUUAAAACCAGUCAUCGCUCAAUUUGUCUCUACUUAUAAGGGAGAUGUUGACGAAAAUUUUUGGAGCAUGGCUGUUUUCGAAGUUCCUUACAAAUCUUGCGAGACGACUCCUUGUUGGAAUGGAUGGAUAGGAUCUGAAAUUAAAAAAAAUCAAAUUAUUCCUAAUGAAAUACCUUCUGGAUUAUUAUAUGUUCCAUUCGAUUUGAUUAUUGAGAAGGAUAUUUUUAAAUUAAAUUUUGCUGCAGGUUUUUUUGGUGCUAGGCAAGAUAAGGUUAACGAAGAAUAUGUUGUUUCACCUGUUAUUGGUUGGUACAUCGUCGACAAAAUCGAUGAAGGGUAG